CCGCGCCCCCUCCCUAAUCUCUAACUUCCCCCGCUCCCCCUCCCCCUGUUUUUCUUCUCUCUGCGAAAAUCCAAUAAGAAAUCUUAAAGUUGUAGUUUCUUUUUUUUCGCGUGUGCAAUCGAUUCAUAUUUUCCUGUCCGAGAUGCUUGAAUCUGUCUGGUUUCUUUUUUAAAAGGAUGAACCUCAGAAUCCCUGCAGUUAGGGUUCUUGUAUGCCUCUGAACCACUGCACCCAAUUUGUGAUUCCUUUGCUUUUGAAGUUACUUUUAGGGUUUUGAAGGUUUGUUUGGUGGCUAGACAUAAAUUCUUGCUCAUAGACUUUCGAUUUGAGAUGGUUCUCUAAAAGUAUACCGCGGAUCUUAGUGCUCAGGCACAUUUAGGGUUCUUGCCCUUUUUUCAUUUCAAAAAGAGGUCGUUUUUACCGAACAAUAAUCUGUUAUUAUUUUGAUUUUCUCCUUUUGCUCUUUUUCCAUUGCAAAAAGAGGGUUUAUUUUUCGCCUUUUCUAUUUUGUUUUAUUCUUCUGGGGAUGGAGAAAGUAAUUAUUUAGAAUGCCCUCAAUCGAACCUAUCAGCUCGGGACCAUUGGUGUAGGCGUGUAGCCAACAAAUUGUUGCUGGUUCUCCAUUUCCUCAGACUAUAUGGCUGAGACAGGAGAUGCAAGUCGCUUGCCAACAUCCCUUGAUGUGCUGGCUUCAGAUGUUCACUCCAGGCUGGAGUUCCACAGGUAUGCCUUCAUGGACUGUGUUGGCAUAAAAAAUGCGCUUCACUGUGUCAUCGAAGAAAGGGAAAAUCUCCAGCAACGACAGAAUGCGAUUGACCAACUGGUUGCUGAAAAGGACAGCCUCACUAAAAAGAAUGAAGAGCUGGCAGCAGAGCUUGAAUCUCUGAAGGAACAGCUCCAAGCAAGGGAAUCGAGCGAUCAACAGCAGGGAAGUGGUUUUCAGCAGAGCCACUCUGGAAUGCAGGCACACCCAAGAUCAAUGCCGAAAAGGAAACGGCAAUCUGGAGAUGAAGAUGUUGAUGAGCAUGAGCUUAUGGAAGAUCUUUCCGUUAUAGAUAAUCCUGAUCAAGGUUUAAACACUGAGCUUGAGGCUACUAGAAAGGAAAUUUCUGAUAUCCACUCUAAGCUGAUUGAGGGGUUCACUGAUCUUAGUACUACUGGAGGAAGGAAUAUCGCCCUAAAAAACAUAGGGCAAUUGGAUGACAGGCCAUUCCUGGCGGCAUGCCGUAAGAAGCUGCCUGCCGAAGAAGCAAGAGAAAAAGCUAAAGAAGUACACCGUGUUUGGCAGGGGCAUAUACAGAACCCAGAGUGGAAUCCCUUCAAGACUGUCACAGUUGAAGGUAUCCCAAAGGAGAUUAUUGAUGUCAAUGAUGACAAGCUGCAAGGGCUAUGUGCAGCAUGGGGUGAAGGGGUGCACAAGGCUGUGGUGAGUUGUUUGGUAGAAAUUCAAGAAAGUGGCAGGCUGGGAGAUAGAAACAUUGUGCCCGAGGUCUGGAAUUACAAGUGCAAGAGAAAAGCCACUCACAGUGAGAGCAUCGAGUACUUGUUCGGUCAAGUGAAGCGUCUGAGUGACGCGAAAUCCAGAACCCGCAGCGCAAGGUGACCUUGUAGGGGUGUGGUGGUGCAACAGGAUGAUGACCAACAGGAUGAUGAAACUAUUAUGAGUUCCUAGACCUCGAGAAUCGAGACAGAAAAAGAGGAACUCAACUGACAUUUAUAUGCACAAUAAAACAAUGUCAAUUGAAAUUACGAAAUAUGUAUUUGGCAACCGUGUGACAGAUUGCGAAACUGCCACACGCAUCCAGCGCCGUCAGUUCCCUUUC